UUCUAAAAACAAGCAAAAUGUUUUCCUUGAAAUCUAUCGCACUCAUUGCUGCAGUAUUCGUCGGGGCUGAAUGCAGUGCUGUUGUUCCAGCAGUUCCUGCUGCUCCUUUAAUAGCAGCACCUGCUCAUGUGGGAUAUGCUCAUGCUGUACCUCAAAAUAUACCUCCAUACGCUUCCCAAAUUAGCGUGGUAAAUAAGGCAAUAAGCCCAAUAGUUGCUGGUCCGUUUGCGGCGCCUAUCGCCGCAAGAUUUGCACCAGCAGCUGCUGUUGCGGCUCCUCUUGCAGCUGGACCCUACCUUGCUGCUCCCUCAUCUGUGUAUCCAUCACCAUACGCCGCUGCUCCUUAUGGUUAUCCUACUUCUUUUGCUGGUCCAGCUGCGUACGCUGCUCCAGCUGCUUACGCUGCUCCUUACCCAUACGGUGCAGCCCCUGCGCCCCUACUACGCACCCCUUACGGAUAUGCACCAGCGUAUGUUCGAUAG